GCGGCGACCUGUUGGCCCCAACAGCAAGAGCGCUAGCAGGUGGGGUAAUAAAUAAGGAAGAAUCGACCGAAUUCUUAUCGACGACGACAAACCCAAUUCCAACCUCGAAUUGAGCUUCACACUGCAUCCACCAGUCGCUCGCUCAAAAUAACCUCCAGCCAAGCCAAGCCAAGAUGCCGCCCAGACCGGAACAGAAGACGGUGCUGAUUACUGGUUGCACCCCAGGUGGAAUCGGCCAUGCGCUGGCCCUCGAGUUCCACGCCAAAGGCCUCCAUGUCAUCGCGACAGCGCGCAACAUCAGCGUGCUCGCCGAGAUGGCCGAGAUGGGCAUGACGACGCUGGCCCUCGACGUGACCAAGGCCGCGAGCAUCAAGGAGUGCCACGACGAGGUUGCCCUGCUCACCGGCGGCAGGCUCGACAUCCUCAUCAACAACGCCGGCCGCACCCACACCAUCCCGGCCACGGACCUCGACAUUGACGACGUGCGCGAGACGUUUGAGACCAACGUCUUCGGCGUCAUGGCCAUGUGCGCCGCCUUUGCCGACCUGCUGAUCCAGGCCGGCGGGCUCAUCAUCAACAUCGCCAGCCUAGCCGCCAUCACGCCCUACGUGUUCGGGUCCGCCUACUGCGCGAGCAAGGGCGCCGUCGUCUCGUACUCGCGCACCCUGCGCCUCGAGCUCAAGCCCUACGGCGUGCGCGUCAUGGUGGCCAUGGCCGGCACCAUCCGCAGCCAGAUCGCCUCCAAGACGCACCGCGUGCUGCCCCCCGCCAGCAUCUACCAGCGCGUCGCUGACAUGUUCCAGCGCCGCCUGACCUUCUCCCAGAACAACGCCACCGUGCCCACCGACGCCUUCGCCCGCAAGCUCGUCGCCAGCGCCCUCCGCCCCGAGUGGCCCGUCAUCCUGCGCUCCUGGUUUGGCCGCCCUGACUGGUUUUAUGCCGGUGGCUGGGCCGGCAAGGUCUGGUUCGCCACUAGCCUCGGCGAGUGGGUCUUGGACACGAUUAUGUACCGCAUGUUCAAGCUGCACAACCUCGAGCGCGCCAUCAAGCAGGAGCAGGCGGCGCAGAAGAAGCUCAAGUGAUGCGCUAUUUCUGUUUCGGUAUUUCUUGGGGCCGUGUUUGUUCGUGGUGAGGGUGAGAUGCGGGCGGCGUAUUGCCUGCUUGCCCUUACACACUGUAUUAUGGUCUUGUUUGAAUGCCAUCAGAUCAGCGCAUGAUGAGGAGCUGUGUGGAAUACGGGACUCCAAGGGACAGCCUUGUUCGAUGUUUGUUUUUGGGGUUCCUACAGAAGCUCUUUCUAGGAUCAAAGACCAAUUAAUUGCAGUUACAGGGGGUGGAUGGGCAUGGUUUCUGAGAA